CGUACUACCUCUACCGUGCCUGCAUGGAUCCGGAUCCGAAGGGCGUCUCGGAACUGAAGAACUUCAUGCGAGAACGAGGGCUCUGGUGGCCGGAGUAUGGCUCAACCGGUCGCCACGCGCUUUACGUGGCUCUUGACCUGCUCAUCAACUGGGGCGUGCCCUUCUGGUUUGAGAUGAGUCUGCGCCGACUGCCCAACGAGUCCCGGUACAGCAUAUACAUCAACUACGUCAGGACGAUGGACACAUGGAAGCGGCGACAGCAGGUCUCGGCCGACGCGGGUUUCCUCAAGGACUACGCCAACGGCCUGUACAGCGUGUUCGGGGCAUCCAAAGAAGCGUACUCCCGCAUACCGACGCUGUUGCAGCUAGAGGCCGCCACGCACCACAUUAUCGAGUCGCCCGAAUCGCGGUAUGUGAAUUCAUGGUGAA